GUCAGAGCUCUCGCGUUGGCCCCGCCCACUUACGUCGGGUAUAAAGUCCUGCCCGUUUGCCGCGUACCCCCAGACCUCGAAGGCACUGAAGGGCCGUCAUGUCGUUGUCCAAGUCGACCAUGGUUCUGGGUUACUGGGAUAUUCGCGGGCUGGCGCAUGCCAUCCGCAUGCUCCUAGAGUUCACCGAAACAUGCUAUGAGGAAAAACAGUACACGUGCGGGGAAGCUCCGGACUAUGAUAGAAGCCAGUGGCUGGAUGUGAAAUUCAAGCUCGACCUGGACUUUCCUAACCUGCCUUACCUCCUGGAUGGUAAGAACAAGAUCACUCAGAGUAAUGCUAUCAUGCGCUACAUCGCUCGCAAGCACAAUAUGUGUGGCGAGACUGAAGAAGAAAAGAUUCGAGUGGACAUCGUGGAGAACCAAGUAAUGGACUUCCGCAUGCAGCUGAUCCGGCUGUGGUACAGCCCUGACCUUGAAAAAAUGAAGCCUCAGUACUUGGAACAGCUACCUGGACAACUGAAACAGUUUUCCUUGUUCCUGGGGAAAUUCUCAUGGUUUGCAGGAGAAAAGCUCACCUUUGUGGAUUUCCUCACCUAUGAUGUCUUAGAUCAGAACCGUAUGUUUGAGCCCAAGUGCCUGGAUGAAUUUCCAAACCUGAAGGCUUUCAUGUGCCGUUUUGAGGCUUUGGAGAAGAUAGCUAACUACAUGCAGUCUGACCGCUUCCUGAAGAUGCCCGUCAAUAACAAGAUGGCCCAGUGGGGCAGCAAGAGAAUAUGCUGAGCCGGAGAAGGAUUUGCACUGCUUGUUUUAUUCCAUCCUGUCCCUAGGGAGCAUGUACCCUCGAUUCUCCGCUCUUUUCAAUAAACAGCAUUUAGGCUA